CCCUGCUCCGCCUCCUGCCUGCGAGUCUUGCUGGUCGCGACUUGGCAAUUCCUGCUCGCAGGGUCUACCAGCCUUCCGGCCUGGGCACCCGCCGCUUCUUAGCCAUGUCUCAGCACUUCUCCCUGGCCGCCUGCGACGUGGUCGGCUUCGACCUCGACCACACGCUGUGCCGCUACAACCUGCCCGAGAGCGCCCGGCUCAUUUAUAACAGCUUUGCUCAGUUCUUAGUCAAGGAGAAAGGGUAUGAUAAAGAGUUGCUGACUCUGACCCCAGAGGACUGGGAUUUCUGUUGCAAGGGUUUGGCAUUGGAUCUGGAAGAUGGGACCUUCAUUAAGCUUGCGGCUGAUGGCACUGUGCUCAGGGCAAGCCACGGCACCAAGAUGAUGACUCCAGAGGUGCUGAGCGAGGCCUUUGGCAAGAACGAGUGGAGGUACUGUAUGUCAGACAAACACUGUGCGUCCAGCGCCGACAUUCCUUGCUGCUCAGGGAAGUGUUAUUUCUAUGAUAACUACUUUGACCUGCCAGGGGCUCUUCUGUGCGCCAGAGUGGUGGACUCUUUGACAAAGCAGAACAGAGGUCAAAAAACAUUUGAUUUUUGGAAGGAUGUAGUUGCUGGUAUACAACACAAUUUUAAAACGUCAGCCUUUAAGGAAAAUUGUGGAUUCUUCUAUCCAGAAAUAAAACGAAAUGUGGGCAAAUAUGUGUACCGCUGUCCUGAGUCUGUAAGAAAGUGGCUUCAGCAGCUGAAGGAUGCUGGGAAAAUUACUAUGUUGAUCACCAGUUCUCACAGUGAUUACUGUAAACUUCUUGGCAAUUACACCCUUGGGAAGGAUUUUGCAGACCUUUUUGACAUUGUGAUUACAAAUGCAUUAAAGCCUGGAUUCUUCUCACACUUCCCAAGCCAGAGGCCUUUCUACACACUCAAGAACGAUGAGGAGCAGGAUGAGCUGCCUUCUCUGGAUAAACCUGGCUGGUACUCCCAAGGGAAUGCUGCCCACCUUUAUGAACUUCUGAAGAAAAUGACCAGCAAGCCUGAACCCAAGGUCGUUUACUUUGGUGACAGCAUGCAUUCAGAUAUUUUCCCAGCCCAUCACUAUACUAACUGGGAAACAGUCCUUAUUCUCGAGGAGCUUCAGGGUCAAGAAGUAGAGAAGCCUGAGGAAGCAAAGCCUCUGCAGAAAAGAGGAAAAUAUGAGGAGCCAAAGGUAAAGCCUCUAAAUUCCUUAUCUAAUAAAUGGGGCUCAUACUUUAUUGACUCAGCCUCAAGACAAGGAAAUGCAGAGGACUCCUUAGUUUAUACUUGGUCCUCUAAGAGAAUCAGCACCUACAGCACGAUUGCAAUUCCCAGCAUUGAAGCUAUUGCAGAGUUACCCCUGGACUACAAAUUUACAAGAUUCUCUACAAACAAUUCAAAAACAGCUGGUUACUAUCCGUCGGCCCAUUAUACCUUGAAUUCUCAACACGACACAGACAGCAAAAUAAUCUUCACUGGAAAAUGAACCGACCAUAUGUGUAACAGACUUUUUAAAAUGUUAAUUUUCCCAAAAAAUUCACAUGAUUUAUGAGAACAAUUUUCGAUGAAAAUUGACCAAAUGGAUACUUGUCAAUCUGUCCUUAUAAAAUAUAAUUUUACAUAAAUCAUA